CAGGAUCCCAGCCCCUCACCAUGGCCUGGACCCCGCUCCUCCUGGGCCUCCUGGCUCACUGCACAGGUUCUGUGUCUUCCUAUGAGCUGAAUCAGCCGCCUUCAUUUUCUGUGAACCCGGGAGGGGAGGCCAAGAUGACCUGUAGGGGAAACAACAUUGGAAGCAAAUAUGUUCACUGGUACCAGCAGAAGCCAGGCCAAGCCCCUGUGCAGGUCAUGUAUGAUAACAACAAACGACCCUCAGGGAUCCCUGACCGCUUCUCUGGCUCCAACUCUGGGAACACGGCCACGCUGACCAUUAGCGGUGUGCGCACUGAGGAUGAGGCCGACUAUUACUGUCAUUUGUGGGACAGUGUGUGUAUCGUGUUCGGCGCUGGAACCAAGCUGACUGUCCUAGGUCAGCCCAAGUCUGGACCCUCAGUCACUCUCUUCCCACCCUCCUCGGAGGAGCUCACUGAAGCCAAAAAGGCCACACUGGUGUGUCUGAUGAAUGACUUCUACCCCGGUCAUGUGACGGUGACUUGGAAGGGAGAUGGCACCACCAUCGACCAGGGCGUGGAAACCACCAAGCCUUCCAAACAGAGCAACAACAAGUAUGCGGCCAGCAGCUACCUGAGCUUGACGCCCGACAAGUGGCAAUCUUACCGUGCGAUCAGCUGCCUGGUCACUCACGAAGUCAGCACCGUGGAGAAGACAGUGGCCCCUUCAGAGUGUUCUUAGGGUCGUUAGGUGCCACCAAGUGCAUCAUCCUCACCUCAACUCCCAAACACUUUCCCCACAUCCCAAGUGUUCCCUGAGUCUGCUGUAAGUCUCAACUCCCUCUUUCAUGUAACUACUAUCCCUCAAU